UUUCAACUACCGACGAAACAAUCAAAUCAAAGACAAAUGAAAGUAUAAAUUUUCAGAAUUGAUUAGUUAAUCAUUUCAUUUCCACUUCGAUCAUAUUAGUGAUUAGGUUAAUCAAAAUACCAAUUACAUUAUGGUCAACGUAAUUUCAUUCGUAGUGAUUUUAUCAACUGUAUAUUUAACAGUAAUCGCUGAUCCUGAUUGUUCAAAGGCUGAAGAAGCGCUUGAUAAUUGUGGCCUUCAUUUAGAUUUAAUCGACGACCAGGACAUUCCAAUUCCUAAUAAUGACGAAGAGAUGAAAGAUCAUUGUUCGAAAAUGUUCACUAAUCUUGAUUGUAUUCGAGAUUUCAACAAGAAAUGUUUGAAACCAUUUCCAAAGACACUUUUCGGGAUGUUCGGACAUGACCUGAGGAAAGAAUUGAAACAUCGAUGUGAUAAACCUGAAGGUCGAGCUGAAUUCUUGAAACAUGCUGAGUGUCUCCGACACAAAGAAAAACUUGGGCCGAUUGUCCAAUGUAAGAACAAUUUCAUCGGUCAACUCGAGUGGAUAACAAGUUCGGUCAAGAAAGAGGACGAAACUGUGGCCGCUUGUUGUGCUUUCCACCAGGCCCAUGACUGUUUUGCGACAAAAAUCGAAGAGGUUUGCCAUCCAAUCACCGGAUCAGGAACAAAGGAAUACAUUGAUCAAGUCCUCGAAUCAACAGUCACCGAAGCCAUUGAUUACGCUUGUGGAAAAUAUAAAACUCUUGACCAUUGUCACGAAUUUUUGGAUAAAUCGAUUUGGGACAAAUUGUUCGAGAUCGGUAAAGAUGCGACCGCUGCUGGAGUUAAUGUCCAUCAUCGAUCGUCAAUAACUGCAGUAGUUGAUUUACUUAAUCAAUUCGAUAAUGGUCAGUCUUAAUUGCGAUCGUCAUUCUCGUCUUCUAACUGAGAAAAUUCCGGCAAAUCUAAAGUUAUUUAAUUAAUUAGUAAUACAGAGUUUAAUGAAUGGAAAACAUCAAAAUUGUUAUUAAAUUGAUUUUUGUUUCACUUCAA